UUAUUUUGUCAUUUAUCUGCAGAAAAACUUUUUUUGAGCUCAAAAAGCAGUAGCAGCAGUAUGCAAAUCAGGGAGCCAAAUUAACGUAUUUUUCACCGAUGCUAUUAUUUUCCCUGCGUUCACCAAAAAAAUCCGUUCGCGAACGACCAAAUCACUAUUGCAUGUUAAUAGAAGAGCGCAAUUAUGCUCCUAGUGGCCAUGGCCAGAACUGAGAGCUUACUGUAUCAGAGCAGAAUGGAGGAAAGUUAGGUGAAGUUGAUCACGAUGAAGAUGCAUUAAGUUCUGUUAUAAAAUACUUGUCACAUUACAUAUUGGGGGUUCUCAUGAGAGAAACAAGUGUAUAGGUCUACUUCACCUUGAACAAGCGGAGUUGGUGCGUUUGACUACUUCAUCCUCUUUCGUGGUAGGCACUCCCCGCAUUGACAAAGAGGACAGAUCCAGUGCGCGGUAGGCUACAGCGGGAAGGUCUCCUCUGCAGCCUCAGCUCUGUCCAGAGAGCCAAGAAAGGCCAGGGCCACUGGCGUGUUGUCUACUUUCCCACUGCAUCAUGGGUAACUUCUCCAGCAAGGACAGCCAUGGACCCACAGGGCCCAACUUGGAUGUGUUCCACACCCCCCCUACUUCUCCAGUGACCUCCACCCUGCCUGCUCUCACUCAGAUCACACCCUCUACACCAGGCCAGCCGGUCCCAGCCACAGCUACGGCCCCAGCUCCAGCCCUAAGUGGGAAGAGACUACUACCCUCCCUGCCUGUCAGCCCAGGCUACUCUGUGAUUGGUCCUGGGCUUAUCUCCCUGCAGGGCAAGACAGGAAGUGAUGCAGCAGCGCCUGAAAGGCGGGUUGUGAUGGGGCGUAAUGGAGGCCCCACCUGCUCUACUCCCAGGAGUCCUGUAUCCCAGGGGAAUAGUUCAAUGAUUAGCCCCACCAAGAGUCUUCCAUCUCUGGAUAGCCCCUUGUUUUCAGCCGGCCCGGUCAGCCCCUCUGACCAUAGCUGGAAGGAAAAGGACAGUGGACUGAGCACAUCCAUGCUGGAGGUCCGUAGGACUGCAGACAACCAGGGAGAGCUGGAGAGAUUGGUGGAGGAGUGUAGGACAGCACUGGGUCUCAGCCCCAGUCAGUAUGCUGCUCUGAGCAGCGUGGUAGAUGUAUUGAAGCAUCUGCUAGUGGAACGUCAGACGUUGACCGUAGAGGUCCAGAGUCUGAGGGAGACCAUGCAGACUGAGAGAGGGGAGUGGCAGCAGUUCCAGUCUGACUUGCAGGUGGCAGUAGCGGUGGCCGACCGGCUGAGGGCCGAGGCCGAAGAGGAACUGAGCGUGCUCAGAACGGCUCAGAAGGAUACAGAGCGAGAGCUGGCGGCAGCCCAGCAGAGAUGGGAAGAGACUGAUGGGCAGCUGGUCAUCCUGCGAGGAGAGCUGAAUGAGAGCAGGCAGAGACUGGCCCACCUCACCCAGAACCAGGGGCCAGGACAGGCCAAGACCCAGGGCAAGGAGGGUACCACUGGGGAGAUCAGCACACCUGAGCCCCAGGAGGGAAGCCACCGGGGCAGGGAGAGGGGAAUCAGCAGGGUGGGCCAAGGAGGAGAUGGAGAUAUGGGGAAGAGGAGCCAGGAAGAAGUGAAUAAGAAUGUGGUUGUGGAAGAGGCUAGGACGGACACUAAGGUCGUGGCCAACCGGUACUUGAUGAAGGUGACCAAUGUGGAGAGGAGUGCAGAGGAGGGGUGUGAUGUGAGGGAGACGCGACGGAUGCUCGCACAGGAGAGGUCAAGAAGCCUUUCCAGACUACCCGCGUCUUCAGACUCUCCCACGGUACAGAAUGGAACAUCCCAGUCCAAUACUGCCACAAUAGUUGGGUCUACAUUCAAGAACCAAAGCCAAACCAGAGGAAGAAGAGAGUUGGAAAGGCAAGGCAGCUGGUCCAGCACUCACACCGGGAUACAGGAGGAGGCAUUGAACCAGUACAACUCUGCCCUGACAGACCUGCCCCCUAACAAGGCUUCUAAGACCAGGUCUCAGGACAGCUUCAGCCUGCUGCUGCGCCGCCAUGGCGGCUCCAAGAGGAACUCUCUGCUGCGCUGGUGUCAGAACCGCACUCAGGGCUACAAGAAUAUUGACAUCACUAACUUCAGCAGUAGCUGGGCAGAUGGUCUGGCCUUCUGUGCUCUGUACCACACCUACCUCCCCUCACGUAUUCCCUACUGCACCCUUAGCCCUGACAGCAAGAGGGAGAACCUCAGCCUGGCAUUUAAGACUGGAGAGAAUGUUGGAAUCACAACAUUACUUACCAUGGAGGAGAUGCUGAGGGCUGGAGGACCAGACUGGCAAAGGGUUCUGGGAUAUGUGGAGAGCAUGUACCAUCACUUUGAGAUGUAAUGACUGUGUAUGAGGGAAGCCUCGGAGGGGGUUACAGUUCACUACUACUGGUUGAAGGAGAGGGAGUGUAACUCACCCUUCUACUAGCUGAGAUGGUCAUUAACCAGGUUUCCAUCCAACCAAUUCAUGUGGAUGAAUUGCCUGACGCAUGAAAAUGACCGGGUUGAUGGAAAGAGGAAAUGUUGGUACAAUUCCAUAAAUUUUGUUCAACAUGGUGGGAUACUUUUGUGUCGGUACAAUUAAUUACGCGAGAAAUGGUGUUAAACACCUUUUGUGUUCUAAUAUUGAUAUAGUAAUCAAUCAAUCAUAUGUUAAACAUGGUCACAAAUGAUAUGUGGUGUGGUCGUCCCACUACGACUCGGGAAAGCAUGCAGUCUAUUAAGCUACAGAUAACUUCACAGGGGGGUGAAAGUGCACCGUGAUAAAAGCUUGAUGCUCCUUUCCAAUACAUCUCCAGGGUCUUAUUCUGAUUGAUGCUUGGCUGCCGUUUUGACAAAUAAUCUCGAUCUUACCCAUAAUAAUCUCAUCAUGUAGGCCUAGGCUAGCCUAUACCCGCACUGUGUCUGCCAGCUGUUAGCUAGCACACACGUGCCAAAACCAGAGUGGGUACUUUUGCUAUAUAACGCAACAUUUUUUGGACAAAACCAUCGGUAGAGUUGAAAAUGCAAUGGGAAACCCAUUACUUUUUUAAAUUCAGUACAUGGGAGUUUAAGCGCAAAAUCUAUUUUUAUAUGUACUAAGGUCAUCACGCACAGCAUGUAAUCCGCAACAAGUCAGUUUGAUGGAAACACGUCUGUGGUGAGAAAAUGUGCCUAUUGAUUUUAUAAUAUUCACAUGAACAUCUGUGGCCAAUUGGAUGGAAACCUAGCUAGUGAUGGGCAUCUAGUGAAAGUAAGUGUUUGUUGGCACAACAGAGCCCCGUUGUGGUCAGGAGUGCAGGUGCGCUUUUUUUCAGCAGUACCUUCUUAAGCUGCUGCUUUGUGUGCAGUGCCUUUUUUAAUAUCAGUUUUCCAUUCCAAAGACUUUCAUGUUUUCUAUCAGUUUUUAGCACUCUGUAAAUAUGCACUUUUAUAAGCACUUUGAUGAUUGUAAUUUAAAAGGAAAGGAAUGCAUAUAUAUAUACAGUCUGUCUUGCAAUCCGUGGAUGCUUAUAUGUAACUAAAAUGUGAUCGCUGACUACGUUCCCAAAGACGCAGAAUAAAUAAAAUUGCCAAUAUAAAGCUAA